GUACAAGACUAUUGGUAUCUUCCACCUCCAUCUCUGGUGCUCAAAAUAGUUGCUAGAAAUGUACUUCAUGUCUCCAAAGACUCUGAUGGGACUUUCGCUUUAGGAUUCACAUCGAUAAAGCACAUAUUGGUCUGUCUCCGGGAAUGGAUAACCUCACGCCGGAGCAAUGGCGCGAGAUUAUGAACAAAAAGAUGCGCUUCCCUCCGGAGCUCCUCAACGCCAUUCAGGAGGGGAGGAUAGAGCUUCUAUGUGGGCUCCUGAGGACUGGGGACGGCAUCAUUCGCCAGUUGGAUGAAUCAGAGGACCGCCAAUGGAGGGAAGCUCUCAACCUCUCCAUCCGCCUGGGCAAUGAAGAUGCCAUGGAUGCCCUCCUGCAGGGGGUCAAGUUUGACUUCCGGCAGAUUCACGAGGCUCUGCUGGUGGCUGUGGACACAAAUCAGCCCAAGGUAGUGAAACGCCUGUUGGAUCGCCUGGACCAGGAGAAAGGCAACAAGAUGGACGUACGAUCCUUCUCUCAAGCCAUCUUCGACCGGUCCAUUGACGACUCACAGUUUGCACCUGGUGUGACUCCUCUGACACUUGCUUGCCAGAAAGAUCUCUACGAGAUAGUCACUAUGCUCACUCAGAAAGGCCACGUCAUCCCAUGGCCCCAUAAGAUCUCCUGCGCCUGUCUGGAGUGUCGCAACGGCCGACAAUACGACCUGUUGAAGUUCUCCUUGUCUCGCAUCAACACCUACCGUGGGAUCGCCAGCCGUGCCUACCUGUCCGUCACCUCCAAUGAUGCCAUGCUCAGCGCCUUCAGUCUCAGCAGAGAGCUCCGCAAGCUGUCCCAAAAAGAGCCAGAAUUUAAGCCUCAGUACCUGAGCCUGGAGCAGCUCUGUCAGGAGUUUGCAGUGGAGUUGUUGGGAAUGUGCCGCAACCAGAGUGAGGUCACCACAAUCCUAAACAGCUGCGGAGAUGAGAGCCAGGACGCUUUGGAUGAGCAGGCCUUCGAGGAGGGAAUACCCAACCUGUCACGUCUGAGGCUCGCUGUCAACUACAACCAGAAGCAGUUUGUUGCCCAUCCGAUCUGUCAGCAGGUCCUUUCCUCCAUCUGGUGUGGAAACCUGGCAGGGUGGAGAGGUAGCAGGACCAUCUGGAAGCUCUUGGUCUCUGUCGGGAUCUUUUUUACUAUGCCCUUCCUUUGCCUCGUCUAUUGGGUUGCCCCAAAGUCAAAGGCAGGAAAAAUUCUUAAAAUCCCAGUGAUCAAGUUUCUCCUUCAUUCUGCAUCCUACCUGUGGUUUCUCAUCACAUUACUUGGAGAAUCCAUAACUAUGGAGAUGUAUCGAGACAAAUUUGCAUCCCGUCAGCAGAACAUCCUGCACAGCUCAUUCCACAUGGUGUGGGUGGUUGGAUUCUUCUGGUAUGAGUGUAAGGAAGUCUGGAUUGAGGGCUUGCGGAGCUACUUCCUGGACUGGUGGAACUGCUUGGACGUGAUGGUGCUGAGCAUGUAUUUGGCAUCCUUCGCACUGCGUGUGCUCAUCAUGCUCAAAGGUCACUUCCUCUGCCAUGAUCAGAGCAACAGCGACGAAUGCAUCUACUUCACUCAGACUGUCCGUGACAACUGGCACCAGGAGGACCCACAGCUCAUCUCUGAGGUGCUGUUUGCAGUAACCAGCAUGCUCAGCUUCACCCGGCUGGCCUACAUCCUGCCAGCCCACGAGUCCCUGGGAACGCUGCAGAUCUCCAUAGGGAAGAUGAUUGACGACAUGAUGAGAUUCAUGUUUAUACUGAUGAUCAUUGGAACCGCCUUCCUCUGUGGCAUAAACAAUGUCUAUGUUCCUUAUGUCAUUUCUCCACAUCUUGGCAGGUUUAAUGAGACCUUUAACUUCUUAUUUUGGACCAUGUUUGGCGUGGCCAACCAGGACUAUGUGGACAUGCCCCAGUUUGUUUUAGCAGAGUUUGUAGGAAGGAUCCUGUACGGCAUCUUUACCCUCGUCAUCGUUAUUGUCCUCCUCAACAUGCUCAUUGCCAUGAUUACUAAUUCCUUCCAGAAGAUUGAGGAUGAUGCAGACGUAGAGUGGAAAUUCGCUCGUUCUAAGCUGUACCUGAGCUACUUCAGAGAGGGCCUCACCAUGCCUGUGCCUUUCAACAUCAUCCCUUCACCAAAAGCUAUCUUUUACAUCCUGAGGGGGAUUUUUAAACGCAUCUGCUGUUGCUGCAACUAUAACUCAGAGCAAAAAUACCCUCCGAUAGCCUCGGUGUCCAGUGAUAAGGGAUCGGAGGACAGCCUGCCUUACCGACAGCAGGUCAUCAGAGCUCUGGUCCAGCGCUACAUCGAGUCGGCUCGCAGGGAGUUUGAGGAGACCAAGAGGAAAGACAUCGGUAACCGGAUCACAGAGCUGAACAAAGCCGUCUCCAGGAUGCACAUUGAAAUGAAAGGGAUCCAGCAGCUUCUACUGACUGAUGGACACGCUCCAAACGAUGCGCUGACCAAGGAUGGUUCCUCUGUGCUGGGGAAAUACAUCAUUGGUGCCAAGAAUAACUUCAGAGGCUUUAACAGCAGGCAAGAUGACAAAAACACAUCGCUUAAAGUGACAGUUCAUCACAAAGAGGAAGGGGCUGAUGAAAGGAAGGCCGAUUCAGAGGCGCGGCAGGACACAGAUGCUCUAUUGAAUCAGGUGAAUGAAAGUGAAGAAGAAGAAUCGAGUAAGGUGACAGACUGCGAAGUGGUGAAAAUGGAAGAGGGACGAGCAAAAGCAGAAGUAGAGGGUGAGAAGGAAACUGAGAAAAGAGAGCAUGUAGUAAGGUUAAACAAGGAAGAUGAUAAAGUUAAAGAGGAGGUCACAGGAGGGACAAGUUUUAUCAGCCCAGAGGAAAAGGUGAAAGUUGAGAGCACACAGGGUGCAGAGAUAAAAAGGGAAGGAGAAAUGAACUCCCAGGUGACAGAAAAACAAGAAGAAAUGAGGCCAGAGAGCAAAGAAACAAGCUGUGAAACAACAGCUGCAAAGAAAAUGAUUGACAAGUUCAAUAACAUCGAGCUGAUAGAAAAAUCAGGAGAGGCUGGAUGGAUGAAGGGAAUAAAAUGUGGGAGUAAAGUAGAGGGGAGAUCUUGCACAACCAAGGGGGGCGAGAACAACGGAAACAAGAAAGCGAUUCAGUCUCCAACGGGCAGCAGCGGCUCAAACGACACUGGCUUUGGUUCACAGGAGGGGGAAGGAUCCAUAGACGCCCCAUCUGUAAAGACCUGAGCACAGUGGUUGUUAGGGGCUUUCAUGUCUGGAGACAAACUGGAGGAUUUCAGAAGUGAAUAAUUAUCAGAAUGAUCACAUUGGAUGCAGAUAUUUAAAUAUCUUUUAGUCUAGCCUAUUGCAGAGGAUAACACACAGAUCUGGGCAGGAAUCUUAACCUUUACCUUUUAAUAAAGUAACACUUGUUCAACAUCUCCUCCACCAAGGAAAUGAACUUGCUGUGGCCAUUAAAGGGAUGAUGAUAAAAAUAUGACGAGCAUGAAUGCAUGACACUUGCACCCAGGUCGCACAGGCUGAGGGUAGCAUGAUGAUUAUGGGUCAGAAAGUGUGCAUCUUUUGCUUUCAAGCACUAAAGGUUAGAUUUAGAUCACAAAAUUGUUUAUUUAUUAAAACUCUCAAACUGGUAUAAGGUAUAGUUUCUUUUCAACGUGGUGGUUUCUAAUAAAAAGUGGACAGACAAUUAAGCUGUUGCCUUUGCUUCUGCUUUGAUACCUAACUUUCUAGAUUUUUAGUUGGAAAAAUAACCUUCUGACGUCAGAAUUCCUGGUUGGAAAGUUGGAUGUGCAGAACAAGCCAGAGAUCUAUAUUCAAUAUGGCGGCCAUACAUAUACGGUAAAACAUGAGAGAUUUCUGGUACUGUAUGUUCCAUAACCUAAUGGACAUUGUGCCUCUUUUUAACUGACUUAAACCCACAACACACUGUUUCAUUACACAAAGUCAACAUCUCAGUCUGCCUGCUUGACAUAAAUCACUGAUUAAAGCUGAAAGCGGUUGUAUUUGUUGAUUUGCUACAGAUAUCAGUCCAAAACAUUUAUGAAUGAUAAGACAGAUGUUAUAGCUAUAAUAAUAGAGAACAUUCCUUUUCUUUCUCCCACAUCGGAUCAUUGUUUCUCAUUAGGAUUAUAGUUCCAUUUUCAAUUACAAAAAUACCCACAAAAAUGAGGGAUAUACACUUUAUUGCCAAAAGCAUUUGCUAACCUGUUUUGAUUCACAUGAGCUUCAGUGACAUCCCUUUCUAAUCCAUAGGGGUUCAAUAAGACGUUUCUCUACCCUUUGCAUUUAAAAUAGCCUCUAAUCUUUAAGGAACGCGGUCCACAAGGUUUAGGACUGUUUAUGGAAAUUGUUUCACCAUUGGAAGAGAAAGCCUUGCCACACCACACCAGCCCACACCAUAAUAUCCCCUCCACCAAACUUUGCACUCAACACAAUGAAGCAAGAUAAGAACUGUUCUCCUGGCAACCGUCAAACCCAAACUGAUCCAUUUUUAGAUGGAGGAGCACCAUUCGUUACAACAGAGAUCAUGUCUCUACUGUUCUGGAGGUCAGUGCUUUGCACAACUACAUCCGGUGCUUUGCACUUGGUGAUGUGCGGCUUGGAUGCAGCUGCUCCACCGUGGAAACCAAUUCCAUGAAGCCCUCUGCUCUCUGUUCUAGAGCUAAUCUGAAGAUAGCAUGAAGUUUGGAGGUGUGUAGCGACCAACUGUGCAGAAAGUCAGCCACCUCUUUACACUAUGGGCAUCUCUUGACCCUGCUCCAUCAGUUUAUGUAGUCUACCACUUUGUGGCUGAGUUGCUGUUGUUCACAAACAUUUUCCAUUUUCUUGUGAUCCAGCUGGCAGCUGACUUUGGAAUAUUUAUAACAGUCUGGAUACCGAGGUGUUGAUUUUAUACACCUGCGACCAGGAAAGUGAUUCCAAUCAUUUGGAUGGGUAUACUUUUGCUGUAUUGUGUAUUUUAGGAUUUAUUUAAUUACGUUCAGGGAAAUAUAUCUCAUGUUGUGUUUCAAUCAAAUGUUAUAAAAAGUAUGUAGGCGUGGCUGAACUUUAAAUUUCAGACUUUUUGUCAUAAGACAAAAACAAAACAGCCCCAGGCAAUGCUUUUAUUGAGGAUUAUGAAAUGUGGUAUACUUGUAUAAUCCACUAGGAUGCACAAAAAAGUAUCUUGGAGCCAUCCUCCAAACCCCACAGAAAGUCGGCCAUUUUGGAUCAAACAUGCAUAGAAUUUAGGCACUAGGGAUCAAAAUUUAUCGAAAUAGAAUUGAACAAAUCAAUGUGAUGUAAAAAUCAAUUCUAAAACACAGUAAAGGCCAAAGGGCCGAAAAUUCCAUAUCUCAGCUUUUUGCUCUUUUUGAUCUGAUCUGCUUCAGACUUCAUAAAAGCGAUCUUUGAGUCUCUUUUGUCAAAUUUAUCUGAUGACAUGAAACUUUGACUCAACUGCACCCCCACGGAAUAGGAAAUGUCCAGAGGUGCUGUUUAGAAGGUUGGAUUUGGGCCAAAAAGAUAUAGGCAUGGGGGAGGGAUAAAUGGCUCCAGGGGUUCUGAUAGCUGCCCAACGCAGCUUAUGUUUUGAACUCAUAGAUCUAUUUUCUGUCAUGCUUUAUCCCUGCUGGGGUCGUAAGGGGUGCUGGUGUCUAUUUCCAGCUUUCUAUGGGGGAGAUGCAGGGUACACCCAGGACAGGUCACCAGUCCAUCACAGGCUUUAAUUAAUAUUUGUGUUUAUACAAGAUGGCCUGAGUUAGUUUCCUGUUUCAAUCACAUUUUAGUAGGUAUUACGGCUUUUUUUUUUUUUUUUUCUUGGAUUGGCCCAUAUGUGCAUGUGUUCAUUCAUUAGUGCAUUCAGCAGCCAUUGCUGCUCCCUCCAUUUGCUACCCAAUGUUAAUAUUUUUUUUUGUUUUAUUUGUUAAUAAAUGUUUUUUUGUUUGUUUUAAAUCAAGAGUUGUGUAGAAUUUGUUAUUGUGUCAUUUGUAUGAUGUAAAUGGAGGAAGAGAAACAAUAUUGGUUUAGAAAACCAUCUGCACAUAUCAAGGCAUCCUUUAUCCAUCCAUAAAAUAUGCAGUAUCAUGGCCCUUAAAAAAAUGUAUUGAAUGAUUUAUCUAGAUUCAAACAAACCAUCUCAUUUUAGUUGUUUUGUUUUAAUUGUUUUUUUUUCAUUUAUCUUUGAUACGAAAGAAUGUAUAAAUGUAUCACAUCAUAAACUGUAGUACUUGUAGCCGUAGUGUAGUACCUAAAAACGUGCCUUUACAAAGCAUAAUUGAAUGACAUGGUUUAAACAUUUAAUAAAAAGCACAAACAUUUUACAGUGAAUUGAUGCUGAUCACAUGGCUGACCUCUUCUCAGAACUCAUCUAAGAUCAUAUUUAAAUGUUCCCACAGUGAAUUCAGUUUAGGGCUCAAAGCGUUCCUUAGCUAGGAAAAUAGCUAAAAUUAUGGAUGGAAAAUAGUGAACUUUAUAUUUUCAUGUACAUUUAAUUUCCACAAAAACAAAACGCCAAAUAGCCAGGAGGAUCCAUCUUCAGUUAAAGACGUAGUGACAGAACGCCACUGUCGCACCACUUCCAACAACCAUUUAUGGAUCUAUGGACCAUUUACAGGUGAUGCACAUUGAUCUUACCAGCAGUGCCAGAAUCUGGCAAGGUUCGCAUCAGAGGGAUUUCAUCCUACAGAAUCCCCAAUGUUUUGCCAAAGUUGUCUGCCUUCGCUGUUCAAGCUUGACCAAUCCUUUUAAACCUGCAAGAUUUCAUGGGUUAUGGAGAACAUUUUAGGCAAGAAUCUUUGUUAAACUUAAAAAAUAUAUGCUUAUAUAUUUCAGGUUUGAGAAAAAAUACAAAAAAGGCCAAUCUUAAUGUGACCAAGAAAUUGCAACCUCAACUAACAAAAUAUUUGAACCAUUGUAAUUCCUUUAUAGGAUGAGCCCUAGAGAAGCAAACACUGUUUUACUAACAGUAAUAUAGAAACUUGUUUCAAUCCAUAGUGAAACAGCCUCUUAGUACUGCUAUCAUUGAUCAAUAAAACAAGAUAAAUAAAAUACUACUGGUGGAAAAUCUAAACGGCAUUUGUCCUUUUGUUCGUUUUAAAUUUGAACACAAAUGUUUUUGUAAUAUUUCAGUUCUAACUGCUGAAAUGUCGACUGGGUUCACAGAUGAAUGUUUCUGUAUCAGUUUGUUAGG